AUGGGGCUGCGCUCCAGGACUAGUGCCGGAGGGGACAAGGGACCCCAGCAGACGCCCCCUGCUGGCGGCACAGCGUCAGAGGUGGGGGAGCGCGAUGGGGCCAUGCUGCUGGCCCCCGGGCGGGACGACCCAAAGCGGCCUCAGCACGUGGGCUUCGGGCUCCUGGCCAAGACCCCCCUGGACUACGAGAGGCCCCACAAGAGGAACCACAUCCGCAAGAGGAAGGCCCAGAACCUGAUCUACGACGCGCUGGAGCGGCCCCGGGGAUGGGCCCUGCUCUACCACGCCUUUGUGUUCCUGAUUGUCCUGGGUUGUCUCAUCCUGGCUGUCCUCACCACCUUCAAGGAGCACGAGAAGGUUUCUGCGCACUGGCUGGUGGUUCUGGAAACGGGCGCCAUCUUUAUUUUCGGGGCGGAGUUUGCUCUGAGGAUCUGGGCGGCGGGCUGCUGCUGUCGCUACAAAGGCUGGAGAGGAAGACUCAAGUUCGCACGCAAACCACUAUGUAUCCUGGACAUCUUCGUGCUGAUCGCGUCGGUUCCCGUCGUCGCCGUCAGGAACCAGGGAAACGUUCUGGCCACGUCCCUCCGGAGCCUGCGGUUUCUGCAGAUCCUGCGCAUGCUCCGAAUGGACCGACGGGGAGGCACCUGGAAACUGCUGGGCUCUGCCAUCUAUGCACACAGCAAGGAGCUGAUCACGGCCUGGUACAUCGGCUUCCUGUCCCUGAUCCUGGCCUCCUUCCUGGUCUACCUGGUGGAAAAGGACGACGUUUCCAUGGAGAUGCCCAACGACGACGCGGGCACGGUGCAGCCUCGCACGCAAGACUUCGACACGUACGCCGACGCCCUCUGGUGGGGACUGAUCACGCUGACCACCAUCGGGUACGGAGACAAGACCCCAAAGACGUGGGCUGGGAGGCUGCUGGCCGGCACCUUCGCGCUCAUCGGAGUGUCCUUCUUCGCUCUGCCCGCGGGGAUCCUGGGCUCGGGUCUGGCUCUGAAGGUGCAGGAGCAGCACAGACAGAAGCACUUUGAGAAGCGCAGGCACCCGGCGGCAGGACUCAUCCAGUCCGCCUGGAGGUAUUACUCCACCAACCCCAUCAGGGAGGACCUCAUCGCCACCUGGAGGUUCUACGAGACCAUCAUCUCUCUGCCGUGCUUCAGGCAAGACCACCUGGAGGUCAUGGCCAGUCAGAAGCUGAGUCUGCUGGAGCGUGUGCGUCUGCCCAACACUCGGCCCGUGGGGACAGGGAGGAGGACGGGGACAGAGGACACAGUGGACAGUCCGUCCAAGGAGCCCCGAGGCUUCAGUAACAGGGAGCGCUUCCGCACAGCCUUCCGUAUGAAAGCCUACACGCUGCGCCAGAGCUCUGAAGACGCAGGAGCUCUGGCAGAUCUGGAGGAGAGGGGCUUCCCCCCGGACAUCCUGAUGGAGGAGACCAUCCCAGCACUGAAGCUGGUCAUCAGAGCGGUCAGAAUCAUGCAGUUCCUUCUGAAUAAGAAGCGCUUUAAGGAAACUCUGAGGCCUUAUGACGUCAAAGACGUGAUUGAGCAGUACUCGGCUGGACACCUGGACAUGCUGUGCAGGAUCAAGUACCUCCAGACCAGGAUUGACAUGAUUCUGGCUCCUGGACCCCCCUCCACACCCAAGAGCAAGAAACCACAGAAGCCACCUUUCACUUACCCAGCCAACCAGUCCCCCAGGCAUGAGACGUACCUUUCCAAGACGGCCUCGUUGCCAGAUUCUGAAGACCAAAGCAUGAUGGGUAGAUUUGUCCGAGUAGAAAGACAGGUGGAGGACAUGGAGAAGAAGCUGGACUUCCUGGUGGACAUGCACAUUCAGCACUCGGAGCAGCUGCAGGUGGACUCCGCUGGGACCGCCCACAUGACCCUGGAGGGGGGCGGGGACAUCCGACGUCUCUUUUUUAACUACUCUGAGUCUUACCCCCACAUUGCCUAUCAGGAAGCACUGGGCAAGGCCAGCCAGAACUUCAGCAAAGAUCGUAAAAUCAGCCGCGAGCAGACGGCCCCGCGGCAGCUGCUGGGUCCCAUCCCCACCUACACCGAGAGGCCCACAGUGCUGCCCAUCAGCUCUCUGCAGGACGUGUCUGUGCUGUCAGGCAGGACCUCAGGGGACGCACGGAGGAACGAGUCUCCUCUGUCUUUGCUUUCAGUCAACCACGACGAGCUGGAGCGAUCGCCCAGCGGCUUUAGCAUCUCAGCUGAGCGGGACUGUGAGGAGGACCGGGCCGGCGAGCUGGGCGCCGAGCCGGGCCUGAACUGGACCAGACCUAGACCCAGUUAUCUGGCUGAAGGCGAAACAGACACAGACACGGAUCCUUUCACCCCGAGUGGAGGGCCUUUACCGAUGUCAUCCACUGGAGAGGGCUUCGGUGAGGCCGUCUGGAGCACACCGCCCUGA